AGAAGGAGAAGAAGAAGGAGAAGGCGAAAGCUCCGGCGCCUCAUGGAAGGGCCGUCCCUGACGCUUCGUCCCCUGCAUUUAUACUCCCCACACCCGCGCUGUAAAGCUCACGACUUCUUCACCACACCGCCACCCAUCGAAGCGGCUUCAACAUCGCCACCGUCGAGCCUCGCGGUGCUAGAGCGUCGGAACGCGGCGGAGGAGGAGCGGCAGCAGCAUGUCGAGAGCAGCCAUCGUGGACACGGUAGCCAGGAGACGGGUGUCGACCCAUCGUCAGUGGUGGGACCGCGUGAGGCCGGCCCCCGAGGACCCCAUCACCAGCGUCAGCGAGGCCUUCCUCGCCGACGCUAGCCCGAACAAGAUCAAUCUCGGAGUGGGUGCUUACAGGGAUGAAGAAGGCAAGCCUGUUGUGCUUCGGUGCGUGAGGAACGCGGAGGCUAAAGUUGCGGGUAGCGAAUUCCUGGAGUCGAUUUCUGCUUCGGCUAAGUCUAGACUGGUUGAGGAGAGCAUGAAAUUGGUCUAUGGAAAAGACACAAAAGUCAUAGGAGAAGGAAGAUUAGCUGGCGUUCAAACGCUCUCAGGAACUGGCGCUUGUCGCCUCUUUGCAGAGUUUCAAAGGCGCUUUUAUCCGAGUUCAAAAGUUUAUUUCCCUGACCCAACUUGGUCGAACCACCAUAGUAUUUGGAAGGAUGCUGAAGUUCCUCAGAGCACCUUCUCUUACUACGACCCUAAUUCGAAGGGCCUGAAUUUUCCAGCACUCAUAGAUGAUAUCAAGAAUGCCCCAGAAGGUUCCUUUUUCUUACUCCAUCCUUGUGCUCAUAAUCCAACCAGUGUUGAUCCAACCGAGGAAGAGUGGAGAGAAAUAUCAUAUCACUUAAAGGUGAAGAAUCAUUUCCCAUUCUUUGACAUGGCUUAUCAAGGUUUUUCUAGCGGCGAUCUAGACAGGGAUGCACAAGCAAUCCGUACUUUUCUUCAAGAUGGACAUUUAAUUGGUUGUGCUCAAUCCUUUGCGAAGAACAUGGGACUUUAUGGACACCGAGUUGGUUGUCUCAGCCUUCUUUGCUCCAACACAAUGCAAGCAGUUGCAGUGAAAAGCCAACUGCGGCAGAUUGCACGGGCAAUGUAUGGCAGUCCUCCUAUUCAUGGUGUAUUGCUGGUCUCGACAAUCUUAGGAGAUCCAGACACUAAGGCACUUUGGGUUGAGGAGUUGAGGGCAAUGGCAAAUCGCAUUUGUAAAAUUCGGGAAGCUCUACGAGAAAGCCUCGAGAAAUUGGGAUCUCCUCUCAAUUGGGAACAUAUAACAAACCAGGUUGGCAUGUUUUGCUUUUCUGGUAUAACUACGCUACAGAUAGAGCGGCUACAGAGGGAGUUCCACAUAUACAUGACUGCUGAUGGCCGUAUCAGCUUGGCGGGAGUUACAAUGAGAAACAUGGACUAUUUGGCAAAUGCAAUACACGAAGUCACCAAAUCUGGUCAAAAACCUUAGGUUUUUAUCAGACAUCAGGCUUUUAGCUGCUUUUCCUUGCUGCUGCCUGAUGACCUGUUUAUUGUUGGACCCAUAAUUUUCUUCUAUGCACAUUGUUGUAGAAGCAUAUAGGCAUUGGACGUCUCAAAGAGGCCGGCACUAGUAGUGAUGUCACUGCAUGCGGAUGUAAGUUCAUUGAUGGUGGCCGUUCUCGUAGGAGAAGUUUUGUGUUCAUGUAUGUAGCAUGCAGUACUUAAAGACGAACAGUGGCACUUCUUGGUGCUCUAUUUGUGUAUAGGCUCGUAUGGCAUAACCUGUCAGCUGUAAUCAUGUAUCUAAUCAAAGGACAGUAUCAUCUAUUGUGAUCAAUGCCUUGAAAUAUGCAUCGAAUAGCAUCGCAUCAA